UGUCUAUAUAUUGCUUGAUUGUUCUACCCCUGUUCCCACUCUCCCUACCCCCCGUGUUCUGUGAUUACCGGGACUUCUCAAGUACCGCAUCGGUUCAGACUGAUGUCGAUGGAACAGGACACCGGGGCACUGCCACGACGUAGUGCCAGAAUCGCAGUUCGUGCCCGCCCUGCAGUACCUCCAAGACCGAAGAAACUCAGCAGGCGGACGACUCCAGCAGCAUCAAGUACGGCAUUAACGGUACAAGACGCCACCGAAGAUCAUCCCGCAUACCCAGUCCGAGGAGCCAAUGAGCCAGCGGCUGAUUAUCGUGGGCGGCUACUGGCAUUUACGGAAGCCGUAGCUGCCGUCGAGGCCCGGAAGGAGACAGCUGAGGCAGAACGUCAGCGGCUAGCCAAUGAAGUGGCAGCCGAAGCUCAGCGAACGACUGAGACUGACGCAGSGACACGAGACAGACGGAAUGCCAGCAGCACGGAGUCCUUGAUUGCUUGUGAGCAUCAGUGGACGACGAUACUCCAAGACAUGAUGUUUGUGCCUACGGAAGCGCAGGCAGACCCGACACCGGCGGAGGCAGAGAGAAGUAACCUGGCUAACUUGCUGCUGGGCAUGAUGAGARGUAUUAUGUGGAAUAAUACACUGCUGCAUUCACAUCUGCGCACGGACGCGACGCAGCGACAAACAUACAAGAACGAUAUGACUACGUUAACAACUGCUAUCCGCACAGAGGCAACGCAGCAGCAGCAACAACAUCAGCUGUUGAAUUCCACUAUCACACGCGUCAACAGCAUAGAGGCUAACGCCUCAGCAGCGCCAGGCUGCACGAUAGACGUGACGAAGCAACUCAACGAGCGCAUCGAUCACGUCGUCACCAUCAUCGGCGACAUAAGUACUUUCAACGGACCAGACUCGAUCAGCAGCACGGUGGCCGCCAUCAAGACGGACAUCACCAAGCUACAAACGAGACCGGAAGCCGCUACAAAGACGUUCAAGAUGCCGCAAGUUCGACGAUUACAACAAGUCGGACGCCUUGUCAUGGUGGCAACGCUUCCUCACGGAAGCAUCAUGCCGCAUGGUCCCGGCGGACGACAUGUUGAAGGCAGUAUAUCUGCAGCUGAUUGGAGGAGCGCAGGGAUGGAUGAACCACCUAGCGGCUACACACAAGUGCACUAUCGCCGAUCUCCACACGCACAUUACGUGGAAGGAGUUCGAGAAGCUAUGGUUCACCCGGCAACCUGUAGUGCCUUGAUUGAUUGCGGAGCGUCUCGCAACUUCAUGAGUCAAGCCUUUAUGGCCCGCGCAGGUCUUGGCCCGCRCGUUCGAAGAAAGACGCAACCUACGCAAGUUACACUCGCGGACGGCCGCACGCAAAAGUCAAUUGACCGAUGCGCUGAUGGCGUUCCAGUCUACUUUGCGCCACUUGCGUGCGAGCCGGUGUCUUUUAACAUCCUCGACACCAAGUUCGACAUGAUUCUAGGCAUGUCUUGGUUGCGUAGCGCCGAUCAUCCGGUGAACUUCCAUGACCGAACCGUUCACACCCGUGAUCGGAACGGACUGUUAGUCCCAUGUACGGUCGCGACCCCUCACACUUCGAUUGCUUGUCACGUGGUUUCCGUUGCGAGAAUUCGCGACGCCAUUGCUCGGAAUGACGUCGAGGAGAUGGACCUUGUAUUCUUGCAUGCUCUCCCCUCGCCGGACGGACCAGCCGCGUCACCGCCGGACCUACGCAUUUCUCACCUCUUGGACGAGUAUAGAGACGUUUUCAAGUCUCCCACCGGAACGGUUCCGGAUCGGCCCAUACGUCACGGGAUCACUCUCGAGGCGGGCGCCGUCCCUCCGCGUGGAUGUAUCUACCGCAUGAGCGAAGAGGAACUCGAAGUGCUUCGCGCACAACUCGAUGACCUUCUCGAUAAGGGCUAGAUUUGCCCUAGUUGCUCGCCAUACAGUGCACCUGUUCUCUUCGUCCGGAAAAAGAACAAAGAUCUACGGUUAUG